AACAGCACAUCACCAACAUCCCACUAUGCCGGGCACACAACAGCAGUUUCUAGUUCUUUUGGUUUAUCUGCUAAUCUGGGACUCCCCAGGAGUUUUUGGAAGCUACCGGAGAAGCUCUUCUAGGUGCACAUCAAUUCCAAAGAGCAUGGCAUUGUGCUACGACAUUGGGUACACCGAAAUGAGACUCCCCAAUUUGCUGGACCAUGAGACUAUGGCCGAGGCAAUUCAGCAAUCUGCCAGCUGGCUACCCUUGCUAGCCAGAGAGUGCCAUCCAGAUGCCAGGAUCUUCCUCUGCUCCCUCUUUGCUCCUAUCUGCCUGGACAGACUCAUCUAUCCUUGCCGCAACCUGUGCGAAGCUGUUAGGAGCAGCUGUGCCCCAGUCAUGGCUUGCUACGGCUACCCAUGGCCUGAAAUCCUGAACUGUAACAAAUUCCCUGAAGAUCAUGAGCUGUGCAUAUCCUCAAUUACUGAUGAAAGCACUUCAAGCAGGAGAAUGCCCCGUGCCAGUUGCAGGGACUGUGAAUUGGAAGAACCCAGCUCUGCCAAGGAGAUAAUGGAAAACCUUUGCAUCAGUGACUUUGCUGUGAAAAUAAGGAUUUCUAGAAAGAACAAGACCUCCACCAUUGCUGACUUCGACCUUGACUCAAAGCUGGAAGUUUUGAAGCAUGGCCCUCUUCUUAAGACUGAAACCCACACCAAACUCCAGCAGUGGCUGGACCUGGAUGCCACCUGUGUACACAACAUUAUGAGAGGCACAAAUGCAGGAGUUUACUUGAUUAGUGGUGAGAUGCAGAAUGACAAAGUAGUGGUAGUGAACAAGGCCUAUGCAUGGCACAAGAAGAACCGAAUACUGCAGACUGCUGUUCGGAGAUGGAAGCAUUACAAAUGCAAGGCCUGAAUUGCUUUUAGCUCUGGAAGAACAAUCUGUUGGCUACUGGUCAGUAGUGAUUGCAACACAAGCAGAAAUGUACUACCUUACCGAUUCCAAUGCAUAGGGAGCCCAGCAGCUAUGAGGUAUACAGUAUAGUACAUCUUUAAAAAUAAUACAAUUUAUAACUUCCCCAUGCG